AUUGCACCCCCAAGUUGGCCAAGUUGGGUGGGAGCGACCGAAGGAGCCGGUCCAGAUAAAAGGCCAGCGCCACCGCGUGCUCCUCCCCCACCGCACCACCACCACCUCCUCCUCCUCCCCAACCCGUCUCCGUCUCCGUCCUCCCCCGCCAUUUUUUCCCCUGUCGCGGCAAGGCGAUAGGGUUCGGCGUCCUCUGCUCCGCCGCCAGUAGAUUCUCAAUUCCUCCUCGGCUUUCCUGCGGUUGAUUCUUUUCUUCGUUUCCGUUCUUCCGGUGUUCUCGGAGACUUCGGCUUCUUGGACGGCGUUCGUGCUCUUUGGCGACUUCGGCAUGUCUCCGUUUCACGGCUACCAAGGUGAUGGGUCUCUUGGCUCCGCUUUCUUCAUCGGCGGCGGCGGCGUCCGGCCGAGGAAGCGCGUGUUCGCGUCGGCGGCCGCUGCUGCGGGCGAGGCCGUGAAGGCGGUGGCCAAGAGGCAGAAGCGGAGGGAGGAGCCGUCCCUGGACGCGCUCCCUGACGAGUGCCUCUUCGAGGUCCUCCGCCGCGUGCAUGGCGGCCGCGAGCGGUGCGCGUCGGCCUGCGUCUCACGCCGCUGGCUCGCGCUCCUCGGCAGCAUCCGCGCGUCCGAGGCCGUGCUGGUCCCGGCCCCCAGCGUGCCGGACCUCAAUCAGGAGUACCUCGGCGAGGACGACGAGGCCGAUUUCAUGUGCGACGACGGCAACCGCGAGAGGACCCUCGAGGGCAAGGAGGCCACGGACGCUCGCCUCACGGCGGCGGCAGUCGCCAACGCGCUCCACGGCCGUCUUGCCAGCGUUUCCGUCCGUGGGAGCCACCCGCUGCGUGGCGUCACCGACACCGGCCUCUCUGCGCUCGCCCGUGGUUGCCCGGCGCUCCGUUCACUUGCCUUGUGGGAUGUACCGCAGGUGACAGAUGCUGGGCUCGCCGAGAUCGCCGCCGAGUGCCACUCACUGGAGCGCCUUGACAUCACUGGCUGCCCCCUGAUCACUGACAAGGGCCUCAUCGCGCUCGCUCAAGGGUGCCCGGACUUGAAGUUACUGGCCAUCGAGGCAUGCUCUGGUGUUGCCAACGAGGGCCUCAAGGCAAUUGGGCGGUACUGCGCAAAGCUGCAGGCGGUUAACAUCAAGAAUUGCACACAUGUUGAUGAUCAGGGAGUGUCUGGCCUCGUCUGCUCCGCGACCGCGUCAUUGGCCAAGGUCCGGCUCCAGGGUUUGAGCAUUACUGAUGCCUCUCUUGCGGUGAUUGGGUACUAUGGGAAGGCGAUCACAGACCUCACCCUCGCUCGCCUUCCUGCAGUUGGUGAGAGAGGGUUUUGGGUGAUGGCCAAUGCCCUGGGCCUGCAGAAGCUCAGAUGUAUGACUGUCAUCUCCUGCCCUGGACUCACGGAUCUUGCUCUUGCAUCUGUUGCCAAGUUCUGCCCAAGUUUGAAGCUUAUUAACCUCAAAAAGUGCAGCAAGAUCUCAGAUGGUUGUCUCAAGGAAUUUGCGGAAUCAGCAAAGCUUCUGGAGAAUUUGCAGAUUGAGGAAUGCAACAAGGUUACUCUCAUGGGCAUUCUUGCUUUCCUUCUCAACUGCAGCCCAAAGUUUAAGGAUCUCUCUUUGGUCAAGUGCAUUGGGAUCAAGGACGUCUGCUCUGCACCUGCACAGCUUCCAGUAUGCAAGUCGCUUCGUUCCCUGGCCAUCAAGGAUUGCCCAGGUUUCACUGAUGCCAGCUUGGCCGUGGUGGGCAUGAUCUGCCCUCAAUUGGAGAAUGUAAAUCUGAGUGGUCUUGGUGCAGUUACCGACAAUGGCUUCCUUCCAUUGAUCAAGAGUUCCGAGAGUGAGCUGGUCAAUGUUGACUUGAAUGGUUGCGAGAAUCUCACAGAUGCAGCUGUUUCUGCCUUGGUGAAGGCACAUGGGAGUUCUCUUGCACACCUUAGUCUUGAGGGCUGCAGUAAGGUAACUGAUGCUAGCCUGUUUGCCAUUUCUGAGAGUUGCAGCCAGCUUGCCGAGCUUGAUCUUUCAAAUUGCAUGGUCAGCGACUAUGGUGUUGCGGUCCUAGCAUCAGCAAAACAGCUCAAGCUCCGCGUCCUUUCAUUGUCGGGAUGUUUGAUGGUCACCCAGAAGAGUGUUCCUUUCUUAGGCAGCAUGUCUUCAUCUUUGGAGGGACUCAAUCUUCAGUUCAACUUCAUUGGCAACCACAACAUUGCAUCAUUGGAGAAGCAGCUCUGGUGGUGCGACAUCCUUGCUUAGAGGAACAAGAAGGCCAUUAGUUGCUGGAGAUGCUGGGUCAACCAUCUCCAGAUGCAAAUAUACGACCGUAGCGGUACUACUAAAGUCAAGCUUCAUAUUUGAGUCUGGUUUUUGGCUCGUGUUUGUGGCCUGGUGGGCUUCCUGUUUGUCUUGGGGCUUGUUGUUUUCCGGGGGAUGGGGGGCAUUUUAGCGAAGGCUUGUUUUUUGCAGGUAUCCUCCUGUUAGGAUAUCUGUUCUUUGAGCCUUUGGCUGCCAUUAGUGUGGCACCCUGCCCCUCCAUCCCAAUCUAAGCCCUUGUGAUUACAGUCAUUUCACCAUGCAGUUUCUCAAGUCGUGUUUGGAGCUCAAGUAUUGUCAAGUGUCUUCUGUUCCAGUACUUCUGGUUACAGAGUUGCAGAUAUCAACAUUCUUGAGUUUGUAGCAAGUUGUAUUGUCGGUGUCGCUGCCAAUCGGAGAUGUUUAGCUCCAUGUCUUUGUUGGAGUGUGUAUGUUCCAGAUCCAGUCGUGUGCAGUGUGUUGUUGGUCAUGGAUUGUUGCAAUUUUACGGUGUCUUUAGGGUUUGCCUAUAUUCUUGAGGAACUGGCCUUUGCAAGGUGCAUACCAGAGAGCCCUUGUCAUGACAACCUUGCGUGGUUGUUUUUCUUCUCCAGAGACUUGGUUUUACAGGCAGAUGGUUUGAGUACUGUAAUCUUUGCAACUUUCUGAAGAUAAAUAAAGUUUGUGUCUUUGCUGAA